AUGUAUUGUAGGGAAUGCACAAGAGACGAUGAUCUGGAUAUAGGUAACCAAGAUCGUAUGUCACUGGAAAAACUACCAGCAACUCGAUAUGUACCCGUCAGCAGUAACAUCACACAAGGAGGAACGGCGGCACUUCAGCCUAUGUCUACCAAUGUUUUGCAAUCACCGGGUCCUGCCAAUUCGAACGUGUCAUCGGGAGGGUGGAACGAGCCUGGAGGUUUUCCACUUUCGACGUUAAACUCACAAUCCUCAGCUCAUGUAUCUCCAGAUCAAGAUCUCGCGACAGCAUCACUAGCGUUUCAAAAUUCCUCCUCAGCACAGCCAUCGUUGGAGAAUAGCAACACAAUCACAGCACCACCACCAACACUAGCACCAACGCUAGCACCAACGCUAGCGACAGAACCAACACCACCAUCAACACCACCACCGGAACUAACACCACCAUUAACACCAGCACCCGAGCCAUCACCAGGACCAUCACCAGGACCAGGACCAUCACCGAACCCAGGACCAGUAUCAGCAUCCGCACCAACACUAGCACCAGUAUCAGGACCAGUAUCAGCACCAGCACCAACACUAGCACCAGUAUCAGCACCAGCACCAGGACCAUCAACAACACCAGGACCAGUAUCAGCACCAGCACCAGGACCAUCAACAACACCAGGACCAUCACCAAACCCAGGACCAGUAUCAGCACCAGCACCAACACCACAACCAGCAGUACGACAACCCGGAAUCUGGGAGCGACUCCGUCGCUGGUGCUGUUGCCAAUGA